UUAAGAAAGUCAUGUGACCAAGAAGGAAACCCCCGAUGGAGGAAGCAGGAAGUUGGUUUACCAAGAAGGAGAGCACAUAAACAAAACACAAAGAACUGAAUAAAAACUCAAGAAGAAGGUUUCACGCAUUCAUCGCAAUGGCCGGCAUUAAAGCACUGGUUGGUUUGUCCUUCACUGGUGCCAUUGGAUUAACAUUUCUUCUACUGGGUUGUGCACUGGAACAAUACGGGGUAUACUGGCCGCUGUUUGUCCUGAUUUUCUACAUUUUAAGUCCCAUCCCGACCUUCAUAUCCAGACGCGUCAGUGAUGACACCGACUCCUCCAGCAAUGCAUGCAGAGAGCUGGCCUACUUCUUAACAACUGGCAUCGUGGUAUCAUCUUUUGGGCUUCCCAUUGUGCUAGCCCGCAAUACCACAAUCCAGUGGGGCGCCUGUGGUCUGGUGAUGACAGGCAACGCUGUCAUCUUUCUCACCAUUCUUGGCUUUUUUGUUGUGUUUGGAGGUGGAGACGACUUCAGCUGGGAGCAGUGGUAGAGUGCCUGUAGACAGUGGACAGAUGGACAGAUGGAUGGUUGGGUAGGUGGAUAGUUGAACGGAUAGACUGCAGACUAAGGGGCACAAAUGUCCUGCACUCAAUGGGGGAUGAUGCUCAUGUACAGUAUAGGCUGUAAAAUGUCAGAUUUACUGGGCAUGUUUUCAGGCCGAUUGUUAUAUUAGGAGGUAUUAGGGUUGGAAGCAACACUAUGUACCCUAUUAAUGUGCCUUAUGUGUGGGACCAGAGAGACACUGAUGCCUAUACCCCUCUUAUGCUGUAACCCUAUCACUAUCCACCAUAACCCAUAUAUUUUAGCUUGUCUCGCCUCUCUUUCAACCCCCAAAUCACUCUGCGCAUUGCAGCUGCCUGCUAUUUCAUUAUGCUUCAAUUAAUUAAUAUCAUAAAGGGAUCCUAAAGAGUAACUCUAUUGUAAUAUACACUGCAAUGCUCACCGCAUUAUCUGUCCUCAUUGUUCAAGGGGAACUGGCUCUACUGAAUUAUGGCUUGCUUACUAUUAAGAGCACUGUUUGCUGUCUAAAUUGUAAAGGCAGGCUAAGUUACCUUAAUCUAUGCUAUCUGACAACAAGUUGUAGGAAUCCUAAUCAGGUAAAGAUCUAUUUGUAUGGAGGUAAUGUGUUUUUGUGUUUUCAUUAUGCUACAAGCCUUUAAAGCCUUACUUUUUGUUCUGGUGCAAUUGUUUACAUUCUCACCAAAGAUCAUUUUAGAUUGCAAAAAUGGAGCAUAUUCAUCACUGAACUGCAUUUUGAUCUGUGCUUUGCAGCAAUAUGAUCCUCAAAAGCAAGCUGAGGCACUCGACAAAGCUGUUUAGUGAAUAUCAAACAUCUAAGAAUUUAUGUUCAGUUAUCAGGCCUGAGAAAGCACCCACAUCCAUUCUAUAUUUAUGCAGACGACAAACAAAUUCAUACUAUCGACAUGAGCUUGAUAUUAAUUUGUGAAUCAUAUUUUUUACACGUUGAAUGGUAAAUACAGUACAUGUAUGUUGUUUUUGUCCUAAAGGAGAGGGCUCUACCUGCAAACUCAUAAGUGCCUGUCAUUCACAGUAUAUAUUUUGAUUAAUAGAGAAAUCACUGUGAUUCAUUUUUGAGUAAGUUUUUUGUGUUACAUCAUCAGGGGCCAUUGAAAUAUGUAAUUGUGAAUCAAUAUUACAUACUCAUGUUCUAUUUUGUCAUAAUCAAAAACUGACUCUUAAUAAGGUUCUGUAGUUUGUAUGAUUAUCCCACUUCAUAGAGACUAUCACAGAAAAACAUCUAGUUCAUGUCCCAUACAAUUUCUUAUCUCCUAAUUCUUUAACUGCUUUACAAGGGAAACUAUUAUAUUGUAUAUUUCACAACUGACAUUUUCAAUAAAGAAAGUUUGUUCUUUCUAUUGUGACUCCCAUAUCCACACUUUGAAAACACUAAUGAGUGCUGAAUAGCUCUCAAAGGUUAUUUUAUAAGCUCCUGACUGCAUUUUGUUUUCUAACACUGAUUAAAACUCUCUGUAUAAACAAA